AUGGUUCCGGAAUUGACUAAUCUGGAGCGGUUUGCCAGAAUUAGAUUUUGUGGGAUGUCCAAUGUCCCAGAUAUCCUGUUCAGCCUGGAUUGUGAACGCGCGCUCCUGCUUGACCGACAGUUCGGACUCGGCGCCAAGGGGCUGGACUCGCCGAGACAUGCUGGGACCUUUGUGAACCGACGGAAUGGAAAAAUGACAUGGCGGGCUUGGUUGAUGCGAGAACGGGAGGAGAUUGAUCGAUUUGGGCAAAUCAAAAGAUUCCGGCCCAACUCGAUCAUUCGCGUCUGA